ACUUCCUGUAAAGCUGAAGGGUGGGACAGGCGGAAGCUGGGUCCUGCAGUGCUAGUAUUUUUUAUUUCGCUGAGCAGUUGGACUGAUAUUUAUCACUCAGCAUGCCGGCGUAUCACUCGAGCCUGAUGGUCCCUGACACCAGGAUGGUGGGGAAUAUGGCUUUGCUUCCCAUCAAAACCCAGUUCAAGGGUCCAGCCAGAGGAGACGGCAUGGAAACUGACAUAGUUGAUGAGGCCAUCUACUACUUCAAGGCCAACGUUUUCUUUAAGAACUAUGAAAUCAAGAAUGAGGCGGACAGGACGCUGAUCUAUGUCACACUGUACAUUUCUGAAUGCCUAAAGAGGCUACAGAAGGUAAGUUGUUCAUGUUUACACAGGAAGAUGUCUGCAAUCCAAGUGAUUUUAAUAAAAAAGUGGUAUGAGUAGCAUCAAUUAAAAGAC